AUGAUACCGAACCUUCUGUUAAUUGGAACUCUUAAGGCAUCAACAACGAUGCCCCUUGAUGACCCCGACUCAUAUUCUCCUUUUCUACCACCAGUUCUUGAGGAACCCCCGUCCUCUUUCUCUGAGGAUGAUGACCCACUACCAGCGAUCGAGGGUCUCCAAAUUUCAGGUGAAGCAAUUCCUGGACAGCAACUUCAAGCAUGUGGAUACUCCACAAAUGGAACAACCAGUUGCAAUUUUGAGUGGGUGCGGCACUCGGAGGACGGAUCUUUCAAUUAUGUUCAAGGAACAAAGCAACCAAAUUAUCUUGUAACUGCAGAUGAUGUUGAUACAUAUCUUGCCAUUGAAGUACAACCACUUGAUGAUAGAAAAGGAGAAUGGGGUGAACUUGUGAAAGUCUUCGCCAGUGAGCAUAGAAAAAUUACUUGCGAUCCAGUAAUGCUCAAAUGCAUAGAGAAGACUCUUUACACUGGUCACGUUUCUUACAAGUUCUCUCUUUCGUGGAUCUGUAAAGGGUGGCGAUAUAGUGGUGUUGUAGUCACUGAGAAGUUUUCGGCAUCUACAACUGUCUCUAUUCCGUACGGACGUACUAAUGAAUUCUCCAUAAUUGAUUCUCUGGCUACUGAACGCAUUUUGAGGCCGGACAGUAGCUUGACGGAUAUAAGUGGGUAA